CUUAUUGAAGUGUUGGCUUGAGCUGAUUCGAAGCGAAACAAACACACAUACACACGCUAGUAUUGACAUUUAAUAAACCUGUGCAUAUAUAUGCAUAUAUCCACGCAAAUAAUUGUCGAUUCACGGAGAAAUACCCUCGGACUAUCAACUGCGUUAUGUAUAUAUCACAGUACACAAACUGGCAGGACAACACUACAGCCGCUCUCUUAUAAACAGAUAACUCGUUAUAUUUAAUUUACUUUAUCUCGCGGAAGCUGUCCCAAUAACAAAAACACAUCCUGGAUUCCUUAAAGCCGUGUUGGUUAAUUUGGACCAACUGUAAGAGUCAGAAGACGGAGAAGCAAAAUUCCACCGAAGAUAACGAGAUGGAGCAGAAAAAAAAACACUCGAAGACAAAAAAACUGUCAAAGCCUCCACCAAAGCUAGUAACACCGACAUACAACCUGUUCCAACUUCCUCCGGUAACUAUGGCAACGGGACCACCUCAUUACAAAAUUAUUCUCUGUGGAGAAUACGGUGUUGGGAAAAGUUCGAUAUUUCGAAAAUUCCGAGACGAUUCGAUCGAGGAAAAUAUGGACGACCGUAUGUCUACGGUUGGUUUGGAUCAAUGUUCCAGACUGUUUCCCAUGAGUGGAAUCGACAUAAAGUUGACUCUUUGGGAUACAGGCGGAAUGGAAAGAAUGAGCUUCAUUGGUUCCAGCUACUAUCGAGGAGCAGACGCUGCUCUUUUGUGUUACAGUUGUGAGAAGCGAGAAACCUUUACCAUUCUUUCACAGUAUAUAUUGGACGUUGUAAUGAACGCUGAAGGUGCGAAGAUCUUUUUGUGUGGCAAUAUGUGUGGAGACGAGACAGAAAGUGCUGUCACUGAAGCCGACGUGGAAAACUUUAAAGAAGAAUGCGACGGUGUCUUAUCUGGAGUUUACAAGGUCUCCAGCCACGAUAACAAGAGUAUUCUGGACAUGUUUGAAGAUAUAGCCCGCGUUAUGCAUGAUCUGCAAGUUGACCGCAUUUCUAGUGGUGGCUUUAUGCUCGUACCAGCUACCGACGAACUUGCCUAUAACAAGAAAAAGAAAUGUUUGCUUUUGUAAAUUUGGGAGAAAAAGAAAAGAGAAUGAAAGAAAGAAUGAUUAAAGAAUGAGAGAAUGGUUACUAUAAAGAGGUUUAAAAACUUCUCACAGACUUUGUGUUGAAAUGUUUUAUCACUCUUUCAAAAAGAGAAUUUGAUUUUUCAAUGAAAAAUGAACUACCCUCAUUAUGCAGUCGACUAAACUCUUGCUGCUGUCCUCACACUCCAAUUAACCACAAUAUUACCAUUCAACCACAUUUCUAUUUUACAGGACAGCUCUUUUGAAGUCACAGGUAUAAAGUCUUUUAGACUUGCAUUCUCUCGGAAUUCAGUUUGACUGAUACUAAGAGUUGUUUUCGAACCAUUUCUUUGUCAUCACAUUUUUUUUCUUCAGAUAUUUCUAUUUGGAUUCAUCUGUAUUUAACCCUUUUCUUCCCAGCCCAUUUUAUGUUUAUUCAGCAGUAAGAUAUCAUUUGCCUUAAAUGAAAUCAUUCGCAUCAUAAACCUUUUCAUAAUAUAUACACAUUGCCAAAAUAUUGUCUCGUGAUGGAGAAGGAAUGAACUAUCUAAAAAAAUUUUUAAAAAGACAUCGUAAUUAGCCAAAUUCAUGAUGUCAUAAAUGACCAAAUCAAUGACGUCAUAUAACCACGUAAAUCUUUUUUUGUAAUGCUGAACUCAAAACAAUAUGCCUUCUGGAAUAGUAGUCACUUUGAUGUUAUUCUUUUCACAUUUACUAACAUUUAUGUCAGAAAAUUAAAUAUUUUCCUAACAGUU